AUCAGCAACAUACUAGGACAGUUUAUCAUCAGACAUCGUACCGUGCGGAUAAAAGGAUUAAAUACUGAAUAAAUUAUGUACAUAUGAUAACGAUAUCAUAGUAUACUAAUUACAAUUUACUACUUCAAAACGUUGUUAAACCAAUACAAUGUUUAAAGAUCCAAAAAUAAUAAUCAUUGGUGCUGGAGCAGCGGGUAUUGCUGCAGCAGCUAGAUUAAUAGAAAAGGGAUUAACAAAUAUUACAAUUCUCGAAGGAAAAGAUCGGAUCGGCGGUAGAAUACAUACAGUAGAAUUUUCGGACAAUGUAGUGGAAUUAGGUGCACAAUGGGUUCAUGGUGAACAGGGGAAUGUUGUUUUUGAUCUUGCUUAUCCACACAAACUAUUAGAUUCGUCAAAAUGUUUUAAUGAAUUCGAUAGACAUUUAUUUGUUACUGCAAAGGGUGAAAUUCUCUCAAAAGAAGAAAGUAUAGAAACAUUAAAAAUAUACUAUGAUAUUUCUGAAAAUAUAUCGGAUGAUAUACAUAAUUCAGAGUCAUAUGGGGAAUAUUUUAUAAAUCAAUUUUAUAAAACAUUUGACAAAAAUCCGUUUACUAGUCGUACUAAAGCCGAGCAAUUACUAGAUUGGAUACAUAAAUUUGAUAAUUCCAUUCAAUGUAGUGAUUCAUGGUUUGAUGUUUCUGCAAAAGAAAUUGUAAAUUAUUGGACUUGUGAUGGAGAUCUUGUACUUAAUUGGAAGAGUCAUGGCUAUAGAACAUUAUUUGCUUUAUUAUCUCAAAAAAUACCAAAUGCAAAAAAUAAAUUACCUAUAAUGGAAAAAGUAGAAUUUAACAAAGAUGUUUAUAAUAUUGACUAUACUUCAGAUAACAAUAUAAUUGUAAAAACAAAAGAUGGUUCAAUAUAUAAAGCAUCUCAUGUUAUAUUUACUGCAUCUCUUGGUGUUCUGAAAGAGAAACACAACACAAUGUUCACUCCACUUUUACCUGGAACAAAGCAACAUGCAAUAAAGGGUUUAAAUAUUGGAACUGUAAAUAAAGUGUUCUUGGAAUUCCCACAUAGAUGGUGGCAAGAAGAGUGUGCAGGUUUUAGUUUAAUAUGGUCUAAGGAAGAUAAAGAAGAAUUUAUUAAAUCUUAUGGACAAGAUUAUGAGUGGCUAUGUGAUGUGUUUGCAUUUAUUUCUGUGGAUUAUCAACCAAGAGUACUAUGUGCAUGGAUCUCUGGUAAAUUUGCAAAACAAAUGGAGCUACUGUCUGAUAAUGAUGUAUCUGAUGGACUAUAUUUAUUACUAGAAAUGUUUUUGAGUAAAACGUAUAAUAUUCCAAAAUUUGAUCAAAUGAUUAGAUCAUCAUGGUAUACUGAUGAAUGUUUCCGUGGAUCGUACACCUUUAAAAGUAUAACAACUGAAAAGCUAAACGCGAAAACGAAAGAUUUAGCUGAACCUAUUGUAUUAGCUGAUGGGAAACCUAUAAUCCUCUUCGCUGGAGAGGCGACGCACGAACAUUAUUAUUCUACUGUGCAUGGUGCAGUUGAAACGGGUUUCAGAGAAGCUGAUAGAAUAAUAGAUUUUUAUAGAACACGUGGUUGCAUAAACAACUUCGAUAAACUGGAAAGGACAGUGAAUGCGUCAAGCCAAAAAGUAACAAGAACGAAGCUUGUAAUAGUAGGUGCAGGCAUUGCGGGAUUAGCGGCUGCGAAGACAUUAGAUGAAGCAGAUUUCAAAGAUUAUCUAUUAAUCGAAGCGCAAAAUGAAAUCGGUGGUCGAAUUAAAUCUAUUCCGUGGAAUAAAGCUUGGAUAGAAUGUGGGGCGCAGUUUGUGCACGGUGAUCAAAGUCAAUUAGCCCAAUUAUGUUAUGAACAUGAUUUACUCUCAGAUAUACAAUGUCAAGAUGGUCAAGGAAUUUUCAUUCGCAAUAAUGGUUGUAAAGUAGAUGAAGCUUUGAUAGAGGAGAUAGAUGACCUUGUUCGUACUACAUUAGAAGAUUGCGAAGAUUGUGAAAACAAAGAUAUCGAAGUAGGCUUUGAAAAUAUCGAUGCGAUUUUAAGAAAUUGUCUCAAUAAACAUUUACAUAAAAAGAAUGACCCAUUAGCAAUAAGAACCAUAAAGAAGGAAAUUUUUGAUUGGAAUGUUAGAUUUCUUGUAAUAGAUAAUGCUUGUUCCACACUUGAUGAACUGUCCACCAAAUAUUGGGGGAAAUUUAAGUUUGUCGGCGGCUCAGAACACGUGUCGUUUAAAUCCUGAUAUACGGCUUUACCCAAACUUAUCGCUGAUAGUUUGGGUAAAGAAAAUUUAUUCCUAAAUACCCCUGUUGAUUCAAUCGAGUGGCAACAAGUAAUAGAUAAUGAUUUCAAUUCCCCACUUAUUAUAAAUAUCUCUAACAAUACUCGUAUUCUUGCGGAUUGUGUAAUAAUUACCUGCUCUCUUGGUUAUUUAAAAGAGAAUUAUAAGAAGAUGUUCAUUCCCCCCUUACCGAAUCUCUUCAGCCAGGCAAUCGAAUGUUUAGGUUUCGGUUUAAUAAAUAAGGUUUUCCUCGAUUUCGGUGUUCCUUGGUGGAAACCUGGAACCAAAGGGUUUCAAUUACUUUGGAAAGAAGGAGUAUUUUGCAAUAAAAAUCUGGCUAUAUGGACUAGAGAUCUGACGGGUUUCGAUGUUCUGCCAAAUCACGAAGGUGUACUCCUUGGUUGGGUUGGUGGACGCGGAGCUUAUAUUAUUGAAACUUUAAGCGAACAACAGGUCGCAACAGACUGUGAAAAUUUACUUAAACAUUAUUUAAAAUCUGAUAAAAUAUCACCAAUAAAAAAAUGUUUGAGGACUCAGUGGAAUGCAAAUAAGUAUGUUCGUGGUAGUUAUAGUCAUAUUACAACAAGAUGUGACGCGAAUGGCAUUACGCCACACAGUUUAGCAGAGGCGAUAUGGGGCAAGGCAAAAGAAUAUGAUAAUAAGGAUGUGCCUAUCAUUAUGUUUGCUGGUGAAGCAACGCACGAAAAUUUUUACUCUACGACUCAUGGUGCUUACGAUACUGGAGUAAAACAAGCACAAACUUUUUUACGACAUCACGUCGUUAAGAAUUAA